AUUCUUCUUAAAAUUCUUCCUCAAGUGCAACCAGAACUGUUUGAAAACAGCCGGAAACCCCCGAGAUAUGCGACGGUUCCAGGUUGUGUUAUCAACAACAGUGAACGUCGACGGGCAUGUCUUGGCAGUAUCAGACAAUAUGUUUGUUCACAACAACUCAAAACAUGGGCGGAGAGCAAGGAGGCUUGACCCUUCAGAAGCCACUCCAUGCAUCAAAGCUAUUAGUCCAAGUGAAGGCUGGACCACUGGUGGAGCCAUGGUGAUCAUUAUAGGGGACAACUUUUUUGAUGGGCUACAAGUCGUAUUUGGGACCAUGCUUGUAUGGAGUGAGCUGAUCACCCCACAUGCCAUCCGUGUCCAAACACCCCCUCGUCACAUCCCUGGCGUGGUUGAAGUAACAUUAUCGUACAAAUCCAAACAAUUUUGCAAAGGAGCUCCUGGUAGAUUUAUUUAUACAGCUUUAAAUGAGCCAACCAUAGACUAUGGUUUCCAAAGACUCCAGAAGGUUAUCCCAAGACAUCCUGGUGAUCCAGAACGACUAGCUAAGGAGAUGCUUUUGAAGCGAGCAGCUGACCUAGUUGAAGCACUGUAUGGGACGCCACAUAAUAAUCAGGACAUUAUUCUGAAGCGAGCUGCUGAUAUUGCAGAAGCGCUCUACAGUGUCCCCAGGAAUCCAGGUCAGAUCCCUGCUUUGUCUAGCUCCCCUGCUCAUAGUGCCAUGAUGGGCAUCAAUUCCUAUGGCAGCCAGUUAGGAGUCAGCAUCUCUGAGUCAACACAAGGGAAUAAUCAAGGCUACAUCCGUAAUACAAGCAGCAUUUCCCCACGGGGCUACUCCUCCAGCUCAACCCCUCAGCAGUCUAAUUACAGCACCCCCAGUAACAGCAUGAACGGCUACAGCAACGUCCCCAUGUCCAACCUGGCCGUUCCAAGUUCACCUGGAUUCAUUAACGGUUCUCCCACAGGAUCUCCCUAUGGCUUGAUGUCUUCAAGCCCCACAGUUGGUUCUUCAAGCAGUUCCUCCAUCCUUCCAUUCUCCUCCUCCGUCUUUCCUGCUGUCAAACAAAAGAGUGCCUUUGCUCCUGUCAUCCGACCCCAAGGGUCCCCUUCCCCAGCGUGUUCCACUGGUAAUGGAAAUGGGUUUAGAGCCAUGACUGGUUUUUUUUUUCCUCCAAUGUGAAAGAAGAGAAGGCAUUCCUGGGAUUUCCUCCCUGCCCCCCCCCCUUUUUUUUUCUACAGCACAAAACUACUUAUUUGUUAUGGAACUUUAAAAAGGAAAAAAAAAUAUGAAGCACUAGAAGCGCAGUUGAUGGGGGAAGCCAUGUGCCAGAAGAAAAGGAAAUUUUAUAGAGAUGCUGUUCCAAGUUGGAGAUAUCAAUACUCAAGAACAUUUUUUUAAAAAAUAGGAAUUGGCCAAGAUCCAGAUGUAUGCAGGUUAUGGGAUUGAAUCUGGAGCACAAGCUUUUUUCUUUUUCUUUUCUUUCCCUGUGGACUCAAAGCCUUCCUAAUGUUUAUAGAAAAUUAAAAGAAGGAACAGAUUGGCCAACCAUUCAAGCUUGAUAUUUUGGAUACUCUUUGUUUUACUUUGUAGGAAAAAAAGUUGAAGUUUCUAUUUUCUAUGGAGCCUUUCAGAUACCAAUUUAGUUUAUGCAGAAAAAAGAAAUCUCAAAACAGGGUACCAGCAUGAAAGACUUUCCUAUAAAACUGAUAUGCUGAUAUGAAUGGUGGAAUGUGGACGUAUGUGUGUAUUGACUUAUAGUUUAAUCUCUUUUCAAAUGGAAAAAAUGUAAGAUGUUUUACAAUUAUUUAAAUAAAUAAACUUGUAAGUUAUUGUAUGUAGAGGUAGAAAUUGAAGACUUUGGGGGGACUUCUUUUUUUGGGGGGGGUCUCCUAUUGUACAAUGAAAAUUGGCAAAAAUGCAGCAACAAUUUCUUAACGCUACAAUCUCUGUUCAGUUCUCUCCUGCUCUUUAUGAAACCAUUUACAAAAAUGUCUCAAAAUUCUUCACCAAGGACUCAUCCACAAGCUUUUUUAUACACACAAUGGUAUAUAUAUAUAUAUAUAUACAUAUAUAUCUCUAUAUAUAUUAAAA